UACAUUCUCGUAUAUAACUGACCAUAUAAUAGAUAAUUGCAGUGGCAUUUACAUUGCGGGACAGUGUGGAUCAACGCACGUACAUAGCGCUCAAUAUACUUACCGUGAUUUUACAUAGUGUUUUCGAAAAUGUUCUGCGAAAUACCGGAAUUUGGGAGAUGCUGUUGCUGCAUGCCCUUGAGAAAAGGGAUAUUGGUAUUUGGCUACUUAAAUAUUCUUUUUUCUGCGUUCAUGGUUGGGUUAUACAGUUAUUCGGUCCACAAUGGCUCUGGUAUUGUGCUGGUGUACCACGGCGUGCCUGCUGACUUGGACGGUGAACUUUGUAUCGCUAUAUUCUGCGUGGAUAUCAUAUUCAACAUCGCUCUGGUCUAUGGCGCCCAUAAGAAAAUCAUGACAUACCUGAGGAUAUUCUACUACUACACAAUCGCCACAGUUGUAGCAGUGGUCAUAUUGGAGAUAAUAUCGACAAUUAAUUCAAACCGUUUCGAAGCUUUGGAGCUGAUGACGCUCUUUGUAACUGGUUUAUGUAUACAUCUCUACCUCCUGUUCUUGGUGAGGAGUCUGCUAAAGAAGAUGGAUAUGUCCGGCCACACGUAUGAGAAUCAGCUGCAUCAAUUUAUCAAUGGGGAGUUGAAAGUCGAUACAAACGGUAUAUACCCUAGCACUGUUGUACCUAUCGAGAAUGUUUAAGAUGUUCUACAUAGAAUCUCACUUAAAUCUUACCUUACAUUGUUGAAUUUCCUUAUUAAGCACACAUUCGUACUUUUUUUUAAAUCAAUCAUACAUACAUAUAUAUAAAUGCAACCGCUCAUA